GAUAGCCAACAACCACACAUAGAAGUUGUCAUUUUUGGUGAGGGUUUCUGUGGGACGAGUCAAAAGACUCACUAAAAAUGUGGAAUCUUGGUAUGGUUUUGUUAAUGUUGGUGUUCUUCUUGAGUUUCCAUUUAUUUGGAUUAGCAUUUGCUGGUGCUGAUGAUGAUUACACCAGAUCUGAUUUUCCUCCUCAUUUUGUUUUUGGCUCCGGCACCUCUGCUUACCAGGUAGAGGGAGCUGCCAAUGAAGAUGGUAGGACACCAAGCAUUUGGGAUUCUUAUACUCAUUCUGAUGGACCGGGAGGAAAUGGUGACAUAGCAUGUGAUGGAUACCAUAAAUAUAAGGAAGAUGUGAAAUUGAUGGUGGAUAUUGGACUUGAUGCGUAUAAAUUUUCCAUCUCAUGGUCAAGACUUAUUCCAAAUGGAAGAGGACCUGUAAAUCCAAAGGGCUUGGAAUACUACAACAAUCUCAUUAAUGAACUAAUUACCUAUGGCAUCCAACCACAUGUGACUUUAUUCAACUUUGAUCUUCCACAAGAACUUGAAGAUGAAUAUGGAGGAUGGGUUAGUCCAAAGAUUAUAGAAGACUUCACAGCCUAUGCAGAAUUAUGCUUCAAAGAAUUUGGAGAUAGAGUAUUGUAUUGGAGUACCAUAAAUGAGCCUAAUGUGUUUGCUGAUGGAGGAUAUGAUUUAGGAUUUACGCCACCUCAGCGCUGUUCAGCUCCAUUUGGAUUAAGAAAUUGCUCUUUUGGCAACUCCACAACUGAGCCAUACCUAGUUGUGCAUCAUGCUCUAUUGGCCCAUGCAUCAACUUCAGCUUUGUACAAGAAAAACUAUAAAGACAAACAACAGGGUUUUAUAGGAUUCAACUUGUAUACAACACACUAUGUUCCUUUGACUGACUCAGAAGAAGAUGCAAAUGCUGUUCAAAGGGCCACUGCAUUCCUUAUUAAUUGGGUCCUCCAUCCAUUAGUUUUUGGAGAUUAUCCUAAUUUGAUGAAGGACAUUGUUGGUUUAAGGAUGCCAAUUUUUACAAAGGCUGAGAAGGAGCUAGUGAAAGGGUCUUGUGAUUUCAUAGGGAUCAUAUAUUACUAUAGAAUUCAUGUGAAGGAUAAACCUCCCAGUCAAAUCCUGGAAACUAGAGACUAUCAUGCUGAUGUGGCAGUACAACUUUUAAGCAUGGAAGAUGAAAGAGCACCUGAGGUGAGAGUUGGGUCUUUAUGGCUCCCUGUGGGCCUUCAAGAAUUAAUACAAUACUUAAAUCAAGUUUAUGGCAAUCUUCCUAUGUAUAUCUAUGAAAAUGGUCUUUCAUUGAAGAGAAAUUCAUCCUUGGAAGAUGGGCAAAGGGUGGAAUACAUGCAAAGCCACAUUGCAGUAGUUCUUAAUGCUUUGAGGAAUGGUUCAAAUGUAAAAGGGUAUUUCACAUGGUCAUUUCUUGAUGUGUACGAGUUAUUAAGUGGCUAUAGUACUGGCUAUGGAUUGAUCUACGUAGAUUUGGAUGAUCCAGAUUUGAAAAGAUAUCCCAAAUUAUCUGCAAAGUGGUACUCUAAUUUUUUGAAAGGAAAAGCUGCUUCUUUAGAUGGAGUUUUGCAACUCCAAAACAAUCAUGGUGUGCAGUGAACCACCAAAUUUUAGGAUAUAUAUAUGAAAUAUUUAUUUUGUGUAUUUGCCUAUCCAUCUUUGUACACCAUAUCCCAUAGAUUGAGAAAUCUCUCCCGCUUUAAAAAAUAUAUGGGUUAUUUCAAUCGUUGUCAAUUACUUUUGAGAUAGAACUCCAAUAUUAUGUGACAAGUAUCUCUAAGUUUUUAAUGGAAUAAAAUAUUUUAUACUCUUUUGUAAAUGGUAA